AUGGCUGUCGCGAAGGAAACACCCUACGACUCUUCCAGUGACGACGUGGAGGACAUGGAGAUGCAGGAAAGAAGUGACUCUCAGGACGAGACUCAGAACCAGCGCCUCCUGCCGGGCGACGAUGCGGAAGCGAUGGAUGGUGUGGAUUACAAAGUAGAAUGGCACCUGCGGACCGUAUGGGUGGUUGCGCUCUCUGUAUGCGCCGCUGUUUUUGCAUUCGCUAUCCUCGUGGCCUUCACACGUACUUUCAUCGUAGAAGGCAAUCUAGGGCAACAGCCCGUGGACUUCGUGAGCGUGGGAGGUUUCCGAAGACCACCCGCCGACUACAUUUUAGACCCUGCCUGGAAUUUCGAAGCACCAGCCCAAGUGCGAACAUACAAUUGGGUGGUGACAGACAUUGUAGGGAAUCCUGAUGGGGUCUUCAGACCGAUGUUGACCAUCAAUGGCCAAUUCCCGGGGCCGCUCAUUGAAUGUAACGAGGGGGACACGAUCAUCGUAGAAGUCGACAAUCAAAGCAUCAACUCUACAGCCAUCCACUUUCACGGGCUUUACCAGAAUGGCACGAACUGGAUGGAUGGGGCCACAGGCGUGACGCAGUGCCCCAUCGCCCCCAGAAGGACGUUCAGGUAUGAGUUCACGGUGUCUGGCCAAUCUGGAACUUAUUACUAUCACUCGCACCAAGCGGUAACCGCAUCAGAUGGUCUUUUUGGCCCGCUUGUGAUCCACGCCAGGAAUGAGAAAGAACUGCAGCAAAUAUCCUAUGCUUCGGAUCGAGUUGUGAUGCUUCAAGAUUACUAUCAUGAUGUUAGUAGUAAACUGUUAGAGUCUGCAUUAGAACCAGGCAGCGAAUCUCCUCCAAUCCCAGACGGGGCUUUGAUCAAUGGGUUGAAUCAGCAAGAUUGCUCAAAGCUACCCGGCCGAUUAUGUGACAAUACAACCUGUACUCAACCGCGAAUGGAUUUGCUCGCUGAUGCGCAUCAUCGACUACGCAUCAUCAACGUCGGCGCUCUUGCGUGGUUCCAGGUAUCAGUUGAUGAGCACGAAUUCAGUAUCACCGAGGUUGACGGGACUGAUAUCAUACCCACCAAAGAUAGAAGACUCAUGGUUAGCCCAGCACAACGAUACAGUAUAAUGCUCAAUACUGGUCAAAAUACAGCCGACAACUUCUGGUUCCGUGCGAGAAUGGUAACACAUUGCUGGCAAGAACCAGACCUUCCUGGCCCUGGAUUUGAUGAGGUCAAAGCGGCCAUACACUACACCUCCAAGAGGAGAGGAAAGGCAGCAGUUUCCCGACCAAGCACAAGACGGUGGAGUGCCGGAAUGGAGGUGGAAUGUCGCGACAUGAAUAUAUCCUCGUUUAUUCCCGUCGAGUCCAACCCGACCCCAGUUUUCGCAGAUCAUAGCUAUUACCUUCGAUCUAAUCUGGAAAUCGGUGACUGGCGUCUGCAGCGCGGUUUCUUCAACAGCUCAACUUUCCGGCCCAAUCUGCAGCAACCCACCUUACAUCGAUCUGUUGAAGGCUUAAGCAGUCGAAAUGAAUCCUUCACGACCAGUAGCGGCAUCAACGGGCCCAACACGUUAGCAUAUGAUAUCAAGAACGAUUUUCUAAUACAGCAUAAUGGGAUCCAAGUCGUAGAUCUGAUCAUUCAAAACUUUGACGAGGGGAACCAUCCCAUGCAUUUACAUGGACAUAAGUUCUGGGUCCUUGGUCAAGGGCAUGGCAUGUUUCCUGGCUAUGAGGGAUUGAAAUUGGCGUCGGAGGGGAAAGGCUUACUUCCGGGGCAAGAAGGCGCCCUUGACACCCGUAUCCGAAGAGACGUAGCUAGCACGGAAGGGUUUGGCUGGCUCGCGAUACGAUUUGUUGCUGAUAAUCCGGGUGUUUGGGCGUUCCAUUGUCAUAUGGCUUGGCAUUCUGAGGCAGGUCUGAGUAUGCAAUUUCUGAGCCGGGUUGAGGAUGUCGCGCAAUGGAGUAUUCCGGAGGCGAAUCUUGACUUGUGUGCAGCGGACAUAGAAGAGCUUCGGAAAGGGGCGGCACCGCUAGAUUCCAAGUGGUGGGGAUUUGGUAUAGGAGAUUGA